UCCAAAUUCCAAUCUCAGUCUCCUCGUCGAGCGCUCCUCUCCGAGUCUUUGAACAAUAUUGUGGCGACCAACUACACCAUAACGAGGUCUCGUACGCAAUAUGCACCCGAGCACUAGUCAAGCAGCCACGACGCUGACGCCUCUGCGCCGCUUUGCCACACACACGACUACAACGUGCUCGGUGCAAGCUUCUGCGUACGGAAAAUGCAUCCUUGCGACGUACACGGACGUGAGGAAAGACGCGUGCAAAGAGGAGUUCGCAAAGUUCGGUGCAUGCCUGCGGGAAGCGAUGAAGCGGAAGUAGUGACAGAUGCAUGCCCUGCCAAGAGUUAAUGAUGUCGGCAUUCCUACCUAUGCCUU